UAAUAAACUCUGUUUGGCGGUAUUGUUUUCAAACAAAUUAUGGAUGUUUUGGUUUAAGCGUUUUUUUAUUGUGAAUUCAUUUUUCUAGUGAAAAUUAUUCUAGUGUUUAUUUAAUAGUCAUGUCUCAACAAAUUAAUUCCACUUUUCGGGGAGAAGAAUCCCAAAUAAGAGAGCUCUUAAAUAUGUUCCAAGUAACAAUUUUAAAAACUGGUCAUGAUACACUUUUGCUGGAAAGUAAGUUUGAUAGUGAUUUAAAACAAAAGCUUAAACCUAAACUUACUAAGUACAUGAAAAAUUUGGUUGAAAUGGAUCAACGAUUGUCAAACGAGAAAGAAGCUGCAUCUGAAGCAAACAAUGAUAUAAAUGCAGCUUACAGAGCAUACAGUGAUCCCACUACUCUUGCCUCUGAAGACGAAGAUCCACUACCAGAAGAGCCAGUUGAAUUUGAUGAUAAUGGUGAACCUGUGUAUCAUUGGCCACCUGCAAGUUGGGGUAAUACGACAACCGGACAGAAUUACCUAAGAAUUUUAGAAGAUGAUAACUUUGAUAUAUUCUUUGAUCAUCUUAUUAAAAUCAAAGAUGGACAACCGAAAAAUAAAUCAGACCCUAGAGUUAAAAGCUUAAAGAAUUUAUUAGCUCAGAAAGAAAAUAAUAAUGGUGAUGUUGAAGAUGAAGACGAUGAACCAAUAGCGUCCGAAGUUGAAUCUAUCCCAAUUGAUCCAAUUACCAAGAAAAAGAUUCGAGUUCCUGUUAAAAAUGUUAAAUGUGGCCAUAUUUACGACAAAGAUAGCAUCGCUAGUUACAUGAAAUCGACUAAUCCAAGAUGUCCUUAUAUUGGCUGUGUCAAUAGAGCACCAAUCAGACCAGAUGAUGUUGUCAACGAUGAAGAAACAAGACAGAAAAUUGAAUACCUUAUGGCAUUGGAAGAUAAUGAAUCUGAUGAUGAAUAACAUAAUAUUGCAAUUUUUCAUUACUUUUCUAUUGUUAUUCCAGUUAUUAUUGUAUUAUUUAAUAUUUCCCCACUUCAAUAAUUUCUUUUCGAUCUCUUUCAUACACUACGUUCUUGGACUGAUUCCAGCCAUCAUUCAAAAAUAAAUCAAUGCAUCAAGGUUUGCUGAUAUGAUGAUUCGAAA